AUGAAAUAUCAAAUCUUUUUAUUUUUUGUCACUAUAUUCAUUGGUAUCUACAUAGAAUUUGUUCCAGUAAUUGAAGCAUGGCAAUCUAGAGUAAUUUUUAGAACGAGUAUGGCCUCGUGUAGAGCCUGGGCAGAAGAUGUCUAUACUAAUCGCAUAGCUGGUGAUCCACCAAGCCACUAUCAUGAUUGCGAUAAAACAGUUACUGAUAUUGGUACUGGAAGUUUUGACAAUUACACGAUUGUUAUUAAAGGUCUAGGAGGCCCUGAUGGUAGAUUUUCUAUUUUCUUUAAUUAUGAUACCUGUAUAUGUGUAAGAGAUAAUGGGUUUGAAAAAAUUAAAUUUUGGGUAAUGUAUCACGCUGAUAUUGCGCAUUGUUAUCCGGAUGAUUGUUAUAAAGCGAGUGUACCUGAAGGCCUUCAAGGUGGAUUAUUAAAAUUUUAG